GUUUAGGCAACAGAUGUUGACAGAGAGAUUCCCCCAGGGGGGAAUAAAUGGCUCUGGAUUCGCAACUGAGACGGGGUUAACCACCAGAUCUUUCAUACUUCAUCUCAUUUCUCAAGAGAUUAUCCGAGCAAAAAGGAGCUGUCGUGUCUCGGAUUUCCCUGUGAUAUAUCAUUCGUGAUCUGAACCUCGUGGCAUUUACCCCUUAAUCGGUUUCUCUGCAUUAUCCCCGCGCAUAUUUAACACCUUCAUAACAAUAUUGUCACUUUAUUGAUAUCGUGGUGUUCGAGACAUUCGCGAUGCACUUCAACAAAGCCAUUCUUGCCGCCUGGGCCUUCUUGGUCCCUCUUGGUCUUGCCGCCGACUAUAUAGCAUUCACAGAAUGGCCAUCUGAGCUGAAGCACAACGACCCCGUCACCCUAAAGUGGGUUGGCAACCCAGACGCUCCCGCGACAAUCACCCUGCGAAAAGGAGACGCUGGUAAUCUCCACGAUGUGAAGACCUUGACCGACACCGCUUCUGGCGGAGAGUUCACAUGGGCGCCCGAAGAAGACCUUCCUGAGGGGGAGGACUACGCGUUCGAGAUCAAGCAGGAAGGAAAAAUCAACUUUUCCUCUCAGCUGAAACUCUCCAAAGCCGACGAAGAGAUUCCGCCUUCCAAGGGACCCCCUCCAUCCAAGCCGUCCAAUGGUACUGCCCACGAGGACGACAAAGAUGAUGAUGAUAAGAAGGACAAGUCUCUGGACACCUCCCCGAAUUCCAAGGCGAAUGGCACAACACACGGCAAUGCAACAACCACUACCGGCAGCAGGACUUCUACCCCGACAUCGACGCACCCUAUUGAGAAGAACAAGGUGUCCACCGAGGCGCAAACUGGCGGUGCAUCAUUUCAUGAGUACUCAUUGCGCUGGGUCCUAGGAGCUGUUGCCAUCAUCUUCUAUAUCGGUAUAUAAAAAGGGCCAGAUGAAUGCGGCAACAACAGUCUAUCGUUGGUUUUUGUAUGUUGUAUUGAAUUCAACGGAAGGCGUUGUGUGGGAAAAUCGAGUUUUUUAAUGCAGUCUGCAAAGAUUGCCUGGUAUUUCUUCCUUUGUAUAUAUAUAUAACAAACGUAUACGCGCCUUGAAGGCGGACCUGGUGGGUUUCCUGCCUUGACGCUUUCGGCGCUUUUUUUAUUCUUUGCAUCAGUGUUAGUCUUUCAAUCAAUAUAUCCUGACGCUGACCUCGUGUUCUGGAAUAUUCACAAUACCAAUCAACUCGAAAACACUCCCAAUUAAUCUCCGUCUGGCCAAUACCCUCCUGUAAAGGCCCUGUCUAGCCGGAUCCUGGUGUGUGGUGCCGCCUGGGAUGCGAACCGCGGGGAGGAGAUCCUCUGUUAGCGCCCGCCCCUAGCGUUUCGCGCUGCAUUUUGUG